UUGGAGCUGGAGAGAGAGCCUAUUUUAGCAUUUUGCUAGGGGAAAGGUCGUCAUUAGAACAAGCUGUUGUCGGUAGAACUUCUGCUCAAAUCAGAAUUUGUGUCCACUGUUUCCAUGGGCACAUGUGGAGUACAUCAUGGCAGCUCUAGAGACAACAGAUUUCACAAGCUCUGCAGAGGAACUGGUUGAUGCUCAGUUCACAGACAGGACGGAGACACUGGACAUUAUACACGUACUCACGAGGGAUUUCCUCCAGGCAGUGGCCCAAGGGGACAACCCUCAACUAUCAAUAACAAGCCGUUCUGAGAAAAAUGUCGUAAGAGACGAGAACAGACGUUUGAGAUUGGGCAAAAUCAAGGUUACAAAAAAACUAUUUGUGAAGAACGGAACUGGCGCUGAGAGAUAUGCAAAAAUCUGGCAAGUGCUGUCUUUAGUGCAGAAGCUCCUACUGGAAGGCAAAGUGGCUACUCAGAGGGAGGCUUACUACUGUCUAGUCCAACACUUCAAGAACCAGUCAGAGUUCAAUGACACACUGCAAGUACAAGAUUUCAUUGGUUGCAAUUAUCGUACAGAUGUGGUGGCCCUCACUGGGUGUGCACGCUCAUCACUGGGUAUCUGUGCCAGUAGCUCAGGGGCCAUUGCUGGUCGUGUCCAGUGGCUGGAGGGAGGAGAGACUAUAGACUGCUCAGCUACCACUGGAGGAAAGCUGAUACCAGGAGUGAUUGAGGGAGUGCGAUUUGAGUCUCUAGGAGCUCGCUAUAUUCUGGUGGUGGAGAAGGAUGCUGUGUUCACUUACCUGUGUGGGCAAAGGAUCUGGGACAGUCUCCCUCUGGUGUUGGUGACUGGAUGUGGCUACCCUCCACUCAGCGUCAGAGCAAUACUCAAGCAGCUACAGACUCAGCUACAGCUCCCCGUAGUGGGCCUAUUUGAUUACAACCCUCACGGAGUGCGUAUACUCCUCACGUACAAGUAUGGGUCUACCAGGAUGGGACUUGAGGCUCAUUCGUACGCUGUGGAUAUCAAGUGGUUGGGUGUGCAUCACAGCGAUCUGUUCGACCCUAGCACUGGGAGUGUGUGUGUGGAGAGGAGUGCUCUACAGCAAUGGAGCUCGGCAGAUGAGAGGGUGUUUAAUAGUGUGGCUAGCAGAGUGGAGGUUAUACAGUGUCCUCACUAUCAGAGGGAGAUGGGCCUCAUGAGGAGAGCUAGGGUAAAGGCCGAGAUAGAGGCUCUCAACAGCAGAGGAUUCGACACCCUCGAGUUCAAGAUUGUACAGAAAAUACUUAGAAAAAACUAUUUCUGAAUAUUAUUAUUCUCAUCCAUUCACCCAAAUUAUGUGAAAAUUCAUCGUUUAAAUAUCAAAUUUUUUAUGCAACUAUUAUUAAAAGCAAAUUACCAUUGAAAAAACAAUUUUAUCAAG